ACUGCCCCGGCCGCUCCCGGAGACCUCAACUUUGUCAACGAGGAAGGGGACAUGUUCCCUCUCCGGACCUACGGCAUGUUCUCCGUGGAGUUCCGAGACGAGGCCAAUAAGGAAGUCCUGGAAACCGGCAGGGUGCAGGUGUUCCUGGAUACAGAGCACGUCAAGAUGCCCGAGCACAUCCCCAAGAUGAAGCUGUGGUCCCUCAACCCGGAAACAGGGAUCUGGGAGGAGGAAAGCGACUUCCAUUUCGCUAGGAGCCCCGCCGGCCGGAGCAAGCGCGAGGAAAGGACUUUCUUGAUCGGGAAUAUGGAGGUCCGGGAGAGACGUCUGUUCAACCUGGACGUGCCCGAGAGCAGGCGCUGCUAUGUCAAGGUACGGGCCUACAUAAAUGACAAGUUCCUGCCCAACGAGCAGCUGGAAGGGGUGGUGGUCAACCUGAUCAACCUGGAACCCAGGGCUGGCUACUCCUCCAACCCCCGAGCCUGGGGCCGAUUCGACAGCGUGAUCACUGCCUCCAACGGCGCCUGCCUGCCAGCUUUCUGUGACGGAGAGCGGCCGGACGCUUACACUGCCUACGUCACGGCCACCAUCGGAGGAGAGGAGCUGGAAGCAGCCUCCUCGAGCCCCAAAAUGAACCCCAAUGUCAUUGGGGUGUCCCAGCCCUACCUGGACAAACUGGGGUACCAGAGAACAGACCACGAAGACCCUGCACUCAAGAAGAUGGCUUUCAAGAUCAACCUAGCCAAGCCCAACCCCAACAACACUGACGAGACAAACGGGCCGGUGUAUGCCUAUCAGAACGGCAUCGACUGUGAGAACGCCCCAGUCACAGCCAACCACUUCCGAUUCUACCGUGUGGAAGGGGACAAGUACGAGUACAACGUGGUGCCUUUUCAGGAGGGAGACCUGACCUCCUGGUCUGGAGACUACCUCUCCUGGUGGCCUAACCCCCAGGAGUUCCGGGCGUGCUACAUCAAGGUUAAGAUCAAAGGACCUUCGGAGGUCAUGGUGAGGUCACGGAACAAGGGCGGCACGCACCCCCAGACCAAGGGGAAGCUAUACGGCAUCAGAGACAUGCGCAGCACCCGCGACCUGAGGCUGCCCAACUCCUCGGCUGCCUGCCUGGAGUUUAAGUGCAGCGGCAUGCUGUUUGACCAAAGUCUGGUGGACCGCAGCCUCAUAGCUGUCAUCCCCCAGGGCGACUGCAGGAGGGUGAGCGUCAACAGCCUGCUGCAGGAGUACCUGGUCAAGCACCCUCCACAGUUCCAGAACAAUGAAUCCCACACCUUCAACAUGCUGGCCCCUGUCGACCCACUAGGACACAACUACGGGAUUUAUACUGUCACUGACCAGAACCCCAGGCUGGCCAAGGAGAUCGCCAUCGGCCGGUGCUUCGACGGGACCUCGGACGGGUUCUCCAGGGAGAUGAAGUCUGACUCGGGGGUCGCCCUUACCUUCAGCUGCCCGGAGAGGGCUGUGACCAGGGAGAGUCUCUUCCAGCGCCUGCAGAACUCCCCAGCCCAAGCGCUGGCCCAGAUCGGACGGGACAUGAGGGAAAGAGGCCAGGCCAGGCCAGGUCCUUCCCAGGUGGUGGCUUACCGUUCGGGCCAGCUGAGCAGGAACACGCCCGCUCAGAGCCGCAGAACCCUGGGGACCGCUGGUCGGAGGAGGGGCCAAGCAAGAGCACAGUCCAGGCAGUAAUCCUGUCUGUGAAAUGGUUUCUUGACUUGGCCGCGCCUCUCUACAUAUGGCGUCGAUAGCAGCCUCCAAAUCUAUGGACUUUUAUUUAAACUGACUGAACCUCGUCUUUACUGUUUGGAAUCAUUUAAGGGCAAACAAUAAAAGGCUGAUUGAUGCCCCCUUGCUUCUUCGUAGGGUACCCUGGCGUUACAUCACAACUAAUUUUGAGUGACUCUUUUGCUCUUUACAUUAAUAGGGAUUCUUUAGGGAAACAGUGGGCAGAUCACUGAAUCGACACUGACUCCUCUGUCUAACCCCCCCCCCCCCCCCCCCCCCGUCCUACUUUGCAGGGGUAGCAUUUAGAAGAGGUGUAUUCUGAGAGAAGGGGUAUGAUAUAUAUCAAUAUGGUGCAGCAGCUAGAUUAUCAAGAGUGCUUGUUUGAUGCUUAUCUAUUUUGUUUUGUUUUUGUUUACUAACGUGCAAUAAUAAUGUUAGAAAAUAUGUCGGCCACCAAACCAGUGAGCUCUGAGUCCCUGGAUCAAGGGAGAACUGAAACAAUGCAGUGCUUCAUAGAUCCAGAUCCAUUAGCAGCCAAAUGCAAAGCUCUACAAAGACACUGAAUACUCCUUUGUUGAAUUUCUUCUUUUUCUUUUUUUUUGUAAUUGAUAUUAACCAACAGCUAACUGUUAAGGAUCACGUACUAACGAGAUCCCUGCCGGAAUAAUUUAAACAAACCUAGAAUGAAGAUACACUUUUAUUGUGGAAGCUUUUAAUCAGUACCAGAAUAGCGUACAAGACACCAUGUACUGUAGAUGGCUUAGUACAAGGGAUGGUCCUCUUUUAGUCUGUAGACCGAACGAUUCAGCGAGGGUCUGGAGCACACCUUGAGGACAGGUGUGUCCAGGUGAACAUCCUUCAAAUCCACUGGACAGACUGUCGAUGGCCAGGGUGCGGUCCCCUGUAGUACUGGAAAGCCAUUCGCUACUGAUAUGCACAGCCUUAUGUACAGGAUCCUAUAUACACUGGCUCAGUUGAAAGGUGAUGUGUGGCAUUCAGCAUUGAACAGAUGGUCCAGCAGGUAGGAGAUUUGGGUUUUAAACAUGAUUCUUAAUUUUCAUGUAGCUAUUUCCAAUAACAUACUGCAUACAGCACUCACACUAUAGGGGUACCGUAUGCAGCAUGACUAUACAUUUGUUAAAAUGAUUAUUUAAAAACAAAGCACUUUUUUGCACGACAGUGUGUUAAAACGAUCCAGCCAGUGUCACCAGUAUUAGACACUCGAGUUAACAGCCCCUUCACUUUAUGCCAUUCCAGUUUUUCUAAUGUGUUGACAGCUGUUAGAAUUUCUUUACAGACACCUUCACUUGAAUACGGUGUAUCAGAGUGCAAUGGCAGACACAAAUCUGAGCUGUCGAUUUAUAAGAAUGAAUAGAUGAAGCAACAGUUUGGAGUAAGAAGUGCACACAUGUGUGCUGUGCUGCGUCAUGUAACUAGUCCCAGAGGCGGUGUAAGCAGUCUGGCGAGCAGAUUAUCUGACUGUAAUAGAAAGGUAGCACUUAUUGUUCGUCAAGAGCCAAAAAAUACUUCACCAUUAAGCACAAAAAGGAAAAGCGAUUCAAAUCCGACAGACCUCUAAGUGCCAGCCCUCACAAGCUGGGCUAAUCAGGGGCUAAUCAGCUCUAAUGAUGUUGUUUGAGAAGGUCAAUGGCUUGAAGGUGGAGGGAGGAACCCUUGUUUAAAAGGCAAUUAUGCCUGCUGACUGCAUUCCCUAACCUCUCUACUUCAUUUUCAUGAUUAUGAAGGCAAUAAGCAGCUUGAUCCAUUCUGAGUUUCAUUCCAUAUUGGGAUCAUUUGUUGUGCUAAAUGUGUUGGAUGCUAAAGUAUCUACUGAGGGCCAAGUUAGGAUUAUAGUUCCAAACCCGCUUACAGUAUGACCUAUUGCGAACAGUCUAGAGAGGUGAGUAUUAACCCACUGCCACACUUACCACCUACAUAACAAAAUUUGAAACCAUUAAUAUGUAUACGUUGAAAAGCAGCAUCCCAUCGACUUGGGUUUAUAGUGGAUAAUUCAUAUAUACAGUAGGGUUCAAAAGUUUGGAAACGACAAAUGAUUUACUGCAAGACUAGUGGUGGAGAUUGUAUUGCCCAUCCUUCCAUUUACUUAUUAAAUACCCAGAUAUCACUGAAUAGAUAAUAGUCUCUUUCAAAAUAUGCUAAGGAUUUUAAUGAGCAAUAAAUUAACUGGUACCCUAAAUAUGAUUAAUUUACUAACAAGGCUGAAUGGAGCAUGUGCCGAGUGCCACAACUGGUACAAUAUUCAAUGCAGUGUUGUCCUUGGCAGUCCUCAGCCAGAAAACUAUUUUUGACGGCAAAAGGAAAGUCCUAAAACCUACUGCACUCAGCGGUCCACAUGGGAAAGUAUUGAAACUGUAUAAUGGACGUUGCACUUUGAGGAUGCAUUGACAAACCAAAUACUUGCAGUUUGAUGACAACUCCUCUGUAAAUGAGCGUGCAAUCUAUACUGCAUGACUUUCUUUCACCUAAAUUUAUUGACUGGCUUUAUUUUCAUGUGUUUAAUAUGUACAUUAUUUUAUGUAUGACUGUGCAUCUCUUUUUUUCUGUUCUUGUAAAUAAACACA